GGGUCAGGCUGUUGUUGUUUCUCCCGUACAAAGGCGCGACACCACUCGCUUUAAUACAGAUUAGCGUAUAUAUCCAUGGCGACUGUGCCUAGAAACUUUCGAUUACUGGAGGAGCUUGAGAAGGGCGAGAAGGGUAUUGGAGAUGGAACCUGCAGUUACGGUCUCGCCGACGAUGACAUUCUGAUGCAUAACUGGCAUGCAACUAUUCUUGGCCCUGGUCAUAGCGUACACGAAAAUAGAAUUUACAGCUUAAAGGUUAUCUGCGGCGAAAGAUACCCCAACGAGCCACCUCAGGUACAAUUUGUUUCCAAGAUCAAUCUCCCAUGUGUGAACCAUACGAAUGGCAAGGUCGAUUCAUCUAAACUCUCGUGUUUGGCUAACUGGCGAACGGCAUAUACUCUUGAAACUGUCUUGACUGACCUUAGAAGAUGGCUACUGCAGGUAGGAAGCUACCUCAACCGGCCGAAGGCACUACCUUUUAAUACAUCAAUUAUGAUAAAGAUUUCAUUUGACGUUGACAAAUAGUCUUCUUGUUUCUGUUUUUUGCCUCCUUUCUUUUUUUUUUUCUUCUUUUGCUCCUGCCCUACCGCAGUCCUUUCGCCUUCCUCUUACCAAAGUAUAACCUUCAACCCAUGUUGAUUGCUUUACAUGCUAUUUGAAAUUUCUUACAAUAAAUACCACAAUCAGGAUGCUACGUAGCAAAGUAUCAAUCUGCGAA